AUGGGUUCUCUCAACAACAAACCCCAUGCAGUCCUCCUUCCCUACCCUGCACAAGGCCACGUUAAUCCCUUGAUGCAAUUCGCCAGACUUCUGCAUUCAAAAGGUUUCCACGUAACUUUUGUCAACACUGAGUUCAAUCAUAGACGCUUAGUCCGGUCUAAUGGGCAAGACUUUUUUAAGGGCUUGCUGGAUUUUAGGUUCGAAACCAUUCCUGAUGGAUUGCCCCCUUCCGACCGUGAUGCUACCCAAGAUAUUUGGGCCCUAAGUGAUUCUGUCAAGAAAAAUUGCUUGGUUCCAUUCAGAGAGCUAUUAGCUAAGUUGAAUUCAUCACCUGAGUUGCCUUCUGUUACUUGCGUUAUCUCUGACGGGCUAAUGAGCUUUGCAAUUGAAGCUGCGGAGGAACUGGGCAUCCCCGAGAUUCAAUUCUGGACUGCCUCAGCGAUUGGUCUGAUGGGAUUUUUGCAGUUUGAAGAACUUGUGAAGAGAGGCAUUGUUCCGUUUAAAGAUGAAAACUUCAUUAAUGAUGGAACCCUUGACAUGCCUCUUGGUUGGAUCCCUGGUGUAAAAAACAUUCGCCUCAAGGAUAUGCCAAGCUUGAUCCGAACCACUGACCCUGAUGACAUAAUGUUGAAAUUCAUGAGUGAUGAAGCACAAAAUUGUUUGAAAGCUUCUGCUAUUAUCUUCAACACAUUUGAUGAGAUCGAACAUGUGGUGCUAGAAGCGAUUGUUACCAAGUUUCCUCGCAUUUAUACUAUAGGCCCACUUUCUUUGCUCGGAAGGAACAUGCCUCCAACACAAGCAAAGUCACUUAGGUCUAACUUAUGGAAGGAAGACUUGAAAUGCUUUGAAUGGCUUGAUAAACAAGAGCCAAAAUCAGUGCUGUAUGUGAAUUAUGGUAGCAUAACAGUCAUGACAGACCAACAGUUCGAAGAAUUUGCGUGGGGGCUGGCAAACAGCAAUCAUCCAUUUUUAUGGAUAGUUAGGCCUGAUGUGGUGAUGGGAACUUCUGGAUUUUUAUCAAAAGAAUAUCACGAGGAGAUCAAGAAUAGAGGGUUCCUAGCACCCUGGUGUCCUCAGGAUGAAGUACUUUCUCAUCCAUCAAUUGGAGCUUUCUUGACACAUGGUGGAUGGAAUUCUACCCUAGAGAGUAUAUCUACUGGUAUACCUAUGCUUUGUUGGCCUUUCUUCGACGAACAACCGAUGAAUUGCCGGUACUUGUGCACCGUUUGGGGCAUUGGUAUGGAGAUUAACCAUUAUGUAAAGCGCGAGGAAGUUGAAGCCCUUGUUAAGCAAAUGAUGGAAGGGGAGAAAGGGAAGCGGGUGAAAAACAAUGCUUUGCAAUGGAAGAAGAAAGCUGAAGCUGCAGCCAGUAUUGGAGGCUCAUCCUACAAUAAUUUCAAUAAAUUCAUAAGUGAGGUGCUGAAUUUUAAAGGAAAUAUACACUGA